AUGGUUGUAAGUCUUAUUCACCCACAUACGUGUGGAUUUGCGAAGGCAGCAAUUUGGCGAAUUACCAGAGAUGCUUCAGUCAAAAUAAAGCGCGUCAACAAUGAAACGCCAUAUCAGCAUCGCGUGCGUACAGUUCAAGUUAUUCAUGAACGUUUCUCCCAAAGUUUCCCCGGCAAGAAGUUCGCAGUUGACUUUAAAACCUUCAUGAGGAAACUGCCAGACUUGCGCAAGAAAAUCAGCAACUGGAAUCCUAGGAAAAAGACGGAACGCGAGCAAUAUUUCGAGGCUUUCUCCGCAGAUAACUGGAAGGCAUUGUCGAUCGAACACAAGGCCGAACAUAGCUUGACAGACUGUCGUGCCUGUUUCCACAAGUAUUCAAUACAACAGUCGUUCUUUCCUGUCCAAUGCAAGGAAUUUCAAGGCUGUUUAAAACAAAAUCCAGCGAUCGUGGCAAAAAAUAUCGCGGGUAAAAUAAUUCAACAACCCGGCCAAGUGAAAUGCACCCGACGUGAGUAUCAAGCUGGCGUUCAGAAGGUUUAUGACGAAAUCAACCCAGUUUUCGAACGCGUGUUUAACGUCCCUCUUGAGAAAGCCCUGACGACUCUUCCGACCCUGAACAUUCAGACGAGUAGGAGUGCCACUGAAAGAAAAAGAGAAAGACGCAAACAAUUACGUAAAGCCAAAACGUCCAUUGAAAAACACUGGAAAAGUACAUCUGUAAUGAGGUAUACGUAUGUUAAAUUUCACUAA